AUGGUGGCAGCAGAAGGGAUCGAGAUGGUAGCAGAGGAGGAAAUCGAAAUGGUGGCAGUUGAGGCAAUGGUAAUGUUAUUGGUAUUACUGGAAUAUGAGGUAAUAGAGAUGGUGGAGAUUUUGGCGGUGGAUGUGAUGGAGAUUGAGGUGGUGGAGGGGAUGGUGAGGGUGGUGCUGGAGAUUUUGGCAAUGCACGUGAUGGAGAUAGUGGUGGUGGUGGUGAUGGAGAUGAUAGUGAGGGUUGUGGUGGAGGUUUUGGCAAUGGACGUUGGAGGAGUUAGUGAGGAUGGUGGUGGUGGAGAUUUUGGCAGUGGAGGUGAUGGAGAUCUUGGUGGUGGAGGUGAUAGUGAGGGUGGUGGGGGAGAUUUUGGCACUGGAGGUGGUGGUGGAGAUUUUGGUGGUGGAGGUGAUAGUGAGGAUGAUGGUGGUGGAGAUUUUAGCAUUGGAGGUGGAAGGAAUGGUGAAGGUGGUGGUGGUGGUGGUGAUGGAGAUUUUGGUGGUGGAGGUGUUAGUGAGGGUGGUGGAGGAGAUUUUGAUGAUGGAGGUGGUCGUGAGGGCGAUGGUGGAGAUUUUGGCAAUGGAGGUGGAGGGGAUGGAGAUUUUGGUGGAGGUGGUGAUGGAGAUGACGGUGGUGGAGGGGAUGGUGAGAGUAGUGGUGAUUUAUAA